AUGACGGAGACUCCUGUUGUCGCUCUGGAAGCGACCUCGCGGGUUGGGCGGACAAAACAACGAUAUUCCGCCGAUACAGGAGCAAGAUUAGUCGCCGGAGUCGUCGCGACGAGACCCCACCCAAAUCCGACAGAGGUGAUGCUCGUCACCUCCGCCUCUCACCCAAACCGCUACGUCCUCCCCAAAGGCGGCUGGGAAACCGAUGAAGCAACGCCCGAAUCUGCAGCCCUCCGGGAAGCGUGGGAGGAAUCCGGAAUCAGAGAUUGCAGGAUCGUUCGUUCUCUCGGCACGAUCGAGGAUGCGAGACGGGCGAAGCAUUUGAAGGAUGGAGAUGAUCAUAUUCCGAGGGCUGAGUAUUGGUUUUUUGAGUGUGCGGUUGGUGAGGAAUGUACCGAAUUUCCGGAAUCAAAUGAGCGGUCGAGGGUUUGGAUGAGUGUUGAGCAAGCACGGGAGGCAUUACAGUGGAGGCCUGAGUUGGUUAGGGCAUUGGAGAGAAGUACGGCUUGGGAAAACUUGAGCAAGAAGACCACGGAGGCGGCGUGA